AUGGCAAAAAAAUUGAAUGAAUCUAUAAGGUCAUCUAGUGGAUCAAGAACAAUAGAAAAAAAUAACAACAAUAAUAAUUCAAUUAUUCAAAAAGUAACAAAUAAAAAAACGAUGAAAAGUAGAAAAAAAAAAGAAAUUCCACGAGCAAAUAUAUACAAUCUUGUAAAAGAAAUAUUACAAGAAACAACCAAUGAUGGCACAUUUAAAAUUCAGAAGAAUGCUGUUGAUUUGCUUCACCAAGCAGCUGAAACAUAUCUUACAAUUUAUUUUGAAACGGGUAACAAGGCUACAAAGCUUCGAAAUGGAAAAGUGUUAUAUCCAAGAGAUACAUAUUUGUGCAGAAAGAUUAUUAAAAUGGAUCAAAAUUUAGAAGAAGAUAUAUAA